AUGGGAAGCGAAGUCCCGGAACGGAAAGUUCGGGAGCCAUUUUCCCAGACGAUGAAAGACAAUCCGGUGAGCGAUGAGCAACGGCAGAAAGAGCUGUGGCAUCUGUUGGAUUUACUCGAGAUCGAGUACAAAAAGACGGCGACUUUACAUCAAUUAAUCUCCUCCGUCUCCGAACCGAUGACAUUGGCAUGGAAGAGAAGGGACGCCAAGUCGGAGCUGGCUCUCAAAGGAAUGCUUUUAAUUCUCGAGUACUGUCUGAGCCACGUGUUUGACGGACACGAAGUCUUCGAGGUGUUCGUCACUUCUCUCGGAUACAAUACUGUCAUUUUCUGGAAGUGAGUCUUUCGUUCACUCUUUUUUGCUUUGAAAUGACCGUCCCCUUUCAGACACUGUGCCGGCUAUGUCUUUGACUCAGAUCUCGGAAGAGGGACUAAGUUUCGUGACUCCCUUCUCUUUUCGCUCACUUUGUACGAUGUGAACACUGGAAAGAAUCGCUUGAGGUAUUCCCUACACCUCAUCCUUUCUGUAAAGUGAGAAAGUUUUAGAGAAUUGUACGCAGCAGUCCCGGGAAUCAGAAAAUCGUUGUUGGGUGUGAACGCGAAGCAAUUCGGAGAGCGAUAUCACCAUUUGCAGAAGAAGUUGGCGAGAUUCGGGUCACACACCUCGUUGUGCAGCGUUUCGAGUGACAGCGAAGCAGAAGAAGGUUGGUCCUUUUGAAUGGAACUCUUAUGAUCGUAAACUUCAGGAUUCAACGUCCGUUCCGGGAACCAUUCAGAGAGCGAGGGCGAGGAAGAUUCGAAGAAGCCGAGGAGCGGGUUGGCCACUCCUCACUUCCAGGUGUGACUGCUGGCCCUUCUCUUUCUCCAAUCUUUAUUGCAGCAACGUGUGAUUAACGUCUCAAAUGCCCCACCAGUGUCCUUGAAGCGAGAGAAGACUGGAGACUGGGAGAUCAAACAGGGCUCCGGAGGAUUGGUGGCUUGUGUGGAUCCAGUGAUGUCGAAAGAUCACGAGAACCUGUGGCUAGCCAACCUAGGAAUGAAUAUCAACGAUAAGAAACAGAAAAAGUGAGCUUCAAAAUGUCGACAAUGUCAUUCCAAUCAGGCUAUUUUCAGAAGAGGAUCCGUGGUUUCCACCUCUGAAUCGCUCUCUAUUCCUUCGACGAACACGCUCGGCCUUCCGCUCAUCAAACAGACCAUCGCCGAAGUAUUUUUCCACGUGCUCGCAGACGACGACAUGGACGCGCCAAAGAAUGAGAAACAGAAGAAAGCCCGCGAGGAAAUGUCCCUUCUCGGUGUUCUCAACAAUUAUAACAGAGGCAACUACAAACUGAAUCCGGUCGUCGUGCAGGAGGAUGAUUACAAUGUCUACUACGGAGGCAUCAGCAACGGUCUGCUCUGGCCGGCUCUCCAUAACCUUCCGGAGUACAUCGUCAGUGAGUACAACGACGAAAAACAGUUGAGAGCUCACUGGUGCGCGUACGUUCGUGUCAACUAUCAGUUCGCAAUUGAUGCCGUCCGAAACAGUCGUCCGCAGGAUUUCAUUUGGAUUCACGACUACCAUCUGAUGCUCGUCGGAAUGAUUAUGCAGUCUUUGGACCAGCAUCUCGAGGUCGGAUUCUUCCUUCACAUCCCGUUCCAGCCGCCCGGAGAGUUCUUCUCCAAGUACUCGACCGUCGGAUUCGCGGUGCUCAGAGGGCUGCUCAGAUUCACCAAAGUCGGCUUCCAAACUCAUCGCGACAGAACCAAGUACAUUGAGUUGGUGCAGCAUUAUUUGGGAACUGCGAAGAUUGUUUACGACAACAAAAUGGAUAUCUACUCAGGUGAAACACUUUUACUAGUUUCUGUAACUUUCUCGUUCUGUUUUCAGUGACAAAUGAGGGCUGGACGUGUUCUCUCGGAGUCUUUCCCGUGAGCAUCAAGAACGAUGACUUUUUGAAGUUUGUCGAUCUCCCGGAGACCAUCAAACUGAAGCAAGACAUUCGGAAGAAGGUGAUGGGAGAGAAUCCACCAGCCGACGGACGCUUCUUCUUCUCCGUCGAGCGUUUCGAUUACACAAAAGGAAUCAUGGAGAAACUGCAAGCCUACCAGAGAUAUUUUGUGAAACAUCCGGACAGAAUCGGAAAGGACGUUCUCUACCAGAUUGCAGUGACAAACAGAAGGAGUGUGGACACUUAUCGUGUCUAUCAGGACGAAUGCAUUGAUCUGGCUGAAACUAUCAAUCAGACCUUCAAGGAUCCCAACAAUCCACUAUGGAAGCCGUUGGUAUUCCAGACAGACGGAAUGCAGAGAAGUGAAUUGGUGGCUGCUUACUUGGCGAUGGACAUCGGAGUGGUGACCCCGAAGAAGGACGGAAUGAAUCUGGUUGCGAAGGAGAUGCUCGUCUGCAAUCCGAAGGCAGGAUUAGUGCUGUCGACAGGAGCAGGCUCGGAGAUUCAGUUCACGACUGCCGGACUGUACCUGGAAAAAGGAGAGAGGAACUAUCACAGAAUCGCAAAUGUAUUCGAUGCGGACGCGUACUGCGAUGCUUUCUACGCGGCCGCUCUAGAGCCAGAAGACGUGCGUGCGGAGCAUGGAAAGCGACUGCACGAGUUCAUAAUGGCCAACGAUAUCGAAAGAUGGAGCAGUGCUUUCCUAGACCCAAGUUGGACCCAUGAAGUUAUCCGACCAACUCAGGUAUUUGAAGAAUGAAUUUGAGGUCCACUGAAACAGUUUUCAGAUUGAUACUCUCGAUGAUUUCUUCUCUUUGAUGAUGAAAACGCGGAAUGUCCGCCGUCAGAUAGUGGGCCGAGUUCUGAAGGGAAUCCCGAUCCGCAGUCACUUUGCAAUCUCUCUCCGCAACGCGAAAGAGUCUCUGGAGCAGAUCUGCAAGCCGGGAACGCACACGGCGGAGUUCAAGUCGGCGGCGGACUCUUCCGAAAUGGCUCACUUCGAAAUAGACAACGAGUUGCAGGAAUUCGAGAGAGAUCUCUCUUUCAUUGAGUACGUGCAGAGCGAGGAUGCGGACAAUGUGGAACAAUUCGUCGAUGUGA